UUGAAAAAAUGAAUUUUUAGAAGAAUGGGAUUCAAACAAGGGCUUAAAUCAUUUGAUGAAAAUAUAGUCUUCUGUUUUUGUUCUCUUUCGCUGAAGGGAUAUGUUAUGGUGGAAUGGAAAACCUAUGAGCUAUACAUGGAUGCCUGCCUUUUAUCCUUUCUUCUGUGUCAUUUUUGUCUUACUUCUUUACUUGGCGUGCUGAUUUGGGCUGGAAACCAUUGGAAUGGGAGAAUGUUGAAUCACACGAAGUGUGUCUUGCAGGCAGUUCGGGCCCAGGUAAUUUCUGAAAUAAGGUCUCUAAGUGUCGAGAACAAACAGUUUAGAACGAUCAUGGAUGAGAAGAGAAAGGAAAUGGAACCUCUGCAGCAGGCUCUCGGUAAGUUGCGAGGUGCUCCUAAUGGAGGCAGAGAGAGGGGUUCAGUAAUAUGUUCCUCUGAGGAAGAACUCAAUGAUCUUAUCAAAAGUUUACAAUAUCGCAUUCAGCAUGAAAGCAUUCCUCUUAGUGAAGAGAAGCAAAUCCUCAGGGAAAUUAAACAACUUGAAGGGACAAGGGACAAGGUUAUUGCAAAUUCUGCGGAGAGGGCAAGGAUCCAGGAUGCAUUGGGUGAAAAAGAAGUGAUUCAGGACCAAGUCAAACUUAUAGGUGUUGAUCUUGAUGGAGUUUGGAAGGAAAAACAAGUAGUCAAUGCCAAGCUUAACCAGCUUGAUGAAGAAAAAGCAUCUAUAGAUAAAGAGAUCAAUGUUUUACAGGACGAACUAAUAGCAAUUACAGAGAAGAGAGACAAAACUUUUGAAACCAUUCAGGAAAUGAGGAAACAACGUGAACAUGCGGUAUGCUUCUUUUUCAUCUUUAAUAAUGAUGAUCCUGUUUAACUCUACUAUACAUGA